UUUGUUGUUUGUUUCUGUGGCAGCUAGCAAAGGCAAAAGUCAGAGAAGAAGGAAGAAAGUGCGUUCGCAACUGUUCGGAAAAAGUGAUAAAUUUUCGUUCCAGUUGGUCAACCCCGGAGCAGAUUCAGCGCGAUCGCGGCCCCGUAACACAAUGAUUCCGCAGAGCCACGGACAGCAGGAACAGCUGGUCGGACAGCGGAUCCGGGUUGGAAACUUCAGCGGAACAAUCCGAUUUGUUGGCGAGGUGGCCAACACCGACGGCGAAUGGAUUGGCGUCGAGUGGGACGAUCCCCAGCGGGGCAAACACUCCGGGACGGUCAACGGGAUCGAGUACUUCCAAACAAGACAAGCAAAUUCCGGAUCGUUGAUCCGAAGUGAGAAAAUUCCUCCCACAAAAACGCUGGCGGAAGCCAUCCACGACAAGUACAUCAUAACGGAGGACACGCUCCGGCUGGACGCGGAGAUGCUGAAGGAGGUGCAGAAGCAGCUGCACGCGUCACUGUUUGAGGUCGUCGGCAUGGAGAAAAUCGGCGGCAAGCAGAGCCAGCUGGCCCACCUGGUGGACGUUUCGGUGGCGCACUCUCCGGUCAACGCGGCCGGUUCGCUCUCCAUGUUUAAAAGCCUGCGCUCGCUGGACGUCUCGGCGAGCCUCCUGUGGAACUGGACAAUCGUCGGAGACGUUAUGGCGCAGAUUCCGACGCUGGAGGAGCUUAAUUUGUCGAACAAUCGCUUGGUCAGUCCGUCGGACGAUGAAAUUUUCUCGCUCGUUACAAAAUUCCACAGUUUGAAGAAGUUGGUGUUGAAAAAGUGCGCGCUCGGGUCGUGGCCGGAACUGGUUCGGCUGGCACGGAUGUGGCCACUGCUGGAGAGCCUGUCGCUGGAGGAUAACGAGAUCGGGGUUGUGACGGAGGAAGGUUAUGAGUUGGCGCUGACGAAGCUGCGCAGUUUGGAUCUGCAGAAUAAUCAGAUUUGUGAUCGAGAGUCGAUUUACGCGCUAGGGGCGUUGCCUGCACUUGAGGAACUUUCGCUGAACGCGAAUGGAAUCGGUAGGAUUGUGUUUCCCGAUUGUCCACACACGGAAAAGGUUGACCUGUUUGCUAAACUCGAAACUCUUUAUCUGCGGGAGAAUCCGAUUGAGGACCAGUGCGGUCUUUUUAACGAGUUGGACAAGCUGCCCUCGUUGAAGCAUUUAACCAUUGAUCCGGAUGCGGCGGUGAGCUACGAGGAAACGGUUUCCCGCGUGGUGGGAUCGAUUGCGGGGUUGAAGAUGUUUAACCGGGCGACCAUUCCGGAGAAGUUGCGCCGUGAUUCGGAGUGUGACAUGUGGAAGAUGUACGCCGUUCAGUGGUCCCUGGUGCGGAACGAUGCCCAGCUGUUGAAGGCGUUCUUCAAGGCACACCGAAUGUAUCCGCGGAUCAUGGAGAGACUCGGCAGCCCGGAGCAGUUCCUGCCGGACACACGCCGCGUCUCGAACAUGCUGAAUCUGCACCUGCUAAACGAGCGCACCGGCGAGAUGCGCCACAAGAAGGUCCCCAAGCGCAUCAACCUGCAAACGCUUGAGAAUCUCAUCGUGAAGCUGUUUGGGACGCCCGAGGAUCGGGACACGGCGGGACCGUUGCACCUGCAGCUUCUGGACCGCAAGCGGGACGUUCGGAUUCCACUGGACAACAACGGGCGCAGUUUGGACUUUUAUUCCGUCGAAGAUCAAGACACGAUCGUGUUUUGAGGAGGUUUGUGAUGCUUCUUUAUUUCUUCUCUGUUUGUAACUCGAUUUUUUUUACAAUUAAUUUAUUUUGCUGCUAAAGCACACGCAAUUUUUCAAAGAAAUUCUAAACACUCAAACAAAAAAACACUUUAAAAUUCCAAAUUGGUUACAAUGUUUCGUACAAAUGAACACAAUAUCAAAAGUUUAGACUAGCAAAACUAACACGUGAAAAAGAAAGAGAGACCAAUCAGCGGUAUUACACUACCUAUUGUUUGUUGAAUAAACCAGAGCAUGAUUUAUCGCUUUA